AUUUGUUAUAAAAAUGGCUACGCUGCGAGCCUUUAGUCGUAAUAUACCUUAUUUACGCCAACAAUUUUCAGCAUUAUUAGGAAACACAUCGCCUUCAGUUAAAUUUAUUUGUGUUGUAGUUGUAAUAGGUUACAUAUUAUCAUUUUCUGAGGAUGUCAUCAAUGUGCUUAGCGUUACCCCUGGUUAUUUAUUACCUCCCUCAUUUCAAUUAUGGUCUACUUUUACCUUUUGGUUCCUUGAAAUACACUUGUGGGAGGUGAUUAUAGAUGUAAUAACGGUAGGUUUGUGCGGAAAACUGAUCGAACCGUUAUGGGGUCAAAUAGAGAUGAUGAAGUUUUUUAUGUUAACAAAUAUUGGUGUAGCAUUCCUGACGACUUUUUACUACCUGAUGAUAUUUAUGUGGACUCAGGAAACAUCAUAUCUCUUCGAUAUACACGUACACGGACUCGCAGGAUAUUUAGCAGCAGUGAGUGUAGCUGUGAAACAAAUACUUCCAGACCAUUUAUUGAUUAAAACACCUUUAGGUAAACUUACAAACCGAUCCCUUCCACUCCUGAUUCUAAUACUGGCAAUUAUAUUUUGGGCUGUGGGUGCCUUGGAAGGAACUUAUCCAUGUAUGUGGGGUAGUGGUACAUUGCUUUCAUGGAUAUAUCUAAGAUUCUGGCAGCGUCAUAGUAAUGGUUCCAGAGGUGAUAUGGCUGAUAAUUUCAGUUUUGAUAAUUUCUUUCCUACUGUUCUCCAGCCUGUUAUAAGAGGAAUUUUAAGUCCAAUUCAUCGUUGCUUUGUAAGAUUAGGUUUGUGCUCACCUAGUCAGAGAAGAGUUCAUCUAGCACUUAGUCCUCGUGGGGUUACAAUCACUAUGCCAGGUGUUGAACCACAGGACAUGGAGAGAAGGCGGCAAAUUGCGCUUAAAGCCUUGAGUGAAAGGUUAUCUAAAACAUCUGAACAAACACGGCAAAAGAACUUAUCUACAAAAGUUAACAUAGAUGCUGUGAGGAAAAUGCAGUCCUCUCAUGUGAUUCCCCAAUUUCCGACUGAACCAGAAGCUAUUACAUCACCUGCAGAAGCUACAUUAGUGGAUAUUGGCACUGAGGCACCACCAACAGCUAAGACUUCAUGAUCUUUGUCACUUGUCUAGAAUCCACUAGGCAUGUCUUUUUGCAGAAUUGAAUUGAUUUUAAUGUCAAUAGGUCUGUGUAAAUACCAUUUCAUUUUUUUUUAUAACUAGUACCACAUUAAAGUAAAAUUGGUACUGCAUGUUUUGUCCAAAACCAAAGAAAAAAUAUUAAUUUCCAGAUGAAUUUUCUCAGAAUUGAAUAUUUUAUUAUAGUAAUACAGGAUUUUUUAAAUCACGAUUAAAGGAUUUAGUAGAUAAAGGAAAAUGGUUUGUUACACAACACAAAUUAUCUAUAGAUAAUUAUUAUCUUUAUCUCUGUUAUUAGUCAGUAUAACAAAGUUAAAGAUUGAAAUCCAGAUUUUUUCUAUAUGAAAAAGUAUAUCAAAAGGUUAUUUGUUAUUGCUGACCUUCACAAAGAUGUUAAAAAAAUUACUAUUUCUAGGUUAGAUAUAUUUGUUUAUAAGUUUCUACACAGUUUCAGUGUAGGAUGAAAUUUUUUGGCAUUGAUGUGAAUAGGGACUGAUAGGUUAAGAUACCUUUGAACAAAGCUAUACAGUUAUUUUUGAGAAAGUCGGGAAUUGAUUUUGAAAUUAUAAUAAUUGAGCAUAGAAUGUCCUACAUUGCCACUGUGCCACUCUUUAAUUACUUUCAAUGUAUUUAUAUUUCUGGUAUUAAACUUAUA